CGUCACCUUUAUAGCAUUCGAAUGAUGCUCUCUAGAGGUCAAAGUCAAUCACUGCAAUCGCUGGAGUCUGCACUUAUAAGCAUCACACAAGUCUCUACUUUCCUUUCUAUCCCCAAACCGUUUUUGCUCCCACACCACCACCUUACAUAGUUUCAACCCUCUACACCCUUGGCUCUCACACCACAGCCUUUAGCAUUUCCAGCUCUCUACAGCCGCAAAACACAACCAACUUCAUCGACCCCACAUCAAGCAUGGAUCGAACGCCAGCCAAGAGCCCCUUCCUGGAGCUAGCGGGUGAACUCCGCAACAAGGUGUAUGACUUCGCCUUCGGAGACGAGCGACCGGUCCUCGACGUAACUUUCGACGGCAACGAAAACCGCCGUAUCCGAGUGUUCAAUCCUCAAGACAACGCCAAUGCUGUCGGCGCUCUCACAGCAUUCAGCGUCAACCACCAGCUCCGCCACGAAUCCCUGACUCGCCUCUUCAGCAAGAAGCACUUCCGUGUCUACGAGCACGGCAAGUCCUAUCGUUACGCAGCGCGCACUUUCCUCGCCGCUAUCAGCGCACAAGGACGGAAGUACAUCGAGCACAUCGAGUUGAUCAACCCAACUCCGUUUUGCCUCGCGGAUGAACCAAACCGUAAGUCACUCAACACGCUAAGCUCUACGAUGGCGCUGCUGUGCUCGGUGAAGUCACUGAAGUUCUUGCACCUGGACAUCGAUCUUGCGGAGUUGUUUGAUGGGAUGGGCGUCCGAAUUAGCCUCCAGGAAAGCAUUGACGCCGUGUUGGCUAUCGACUGCAUCAAUGUCAAUCUUGGCUACCAUAGGAAAAACCGCAACGCAGAAUGUGAAAGACGGUCUGGCUUGAAUGAACGUAAUAGCAGCAAUGUCUAGCGAUCUGGUCCAGAGUCUGUGCAUUUAGGGGUGUAUAGGGGACAAGAAUUUAACAGCUUUAGUAGUGACUUCUCCUUUGCUUAGUUGGGUUGGUACGGUCAAGUUGUUUGAAUUCAUGAAAUAAUUGGUUCGCUUUUGAUUGUAGGUUAUGUUUGUAAUAAAUUCAUUCGUGAGAAG